UUUUUUUUUUUUUUUUUUUUUUUGUCUCACUUAGUUUGGUUAAAUUGUAGGUUACUUGUUACAAAAUUAUCUUAAAAGGAGUAAAGUGUCAAGUAGCUUGAAGUUGUGAAUUGAAAAAAAAGCACGCAGACCCUUUCCUGGAUUGGGUUUGACCCAUAUUUUGUGACUAGAGUAUUUCUCUCACAAAUACCCACAAAUCCUAAAUGCUUUACAAAAACAUUGCCGCCACCUUCUACUAUCUGCUACCUCCGGUUGUCCACUUCUGUCUGUCGGAGUUCUGCUAGCUUCGCUCCUAAUCUUUUCUUCUUGUAUCAGAAUAGCAUCUUAAGGAGUAGCACACUAAUUAACUAGGAGGACCAUAUUUGAUAUAGAACACAUAUCUAAUUUUUUGCUCUUCUCCAGCGAAAUUGAGGGGUAGCACAUGAUACCCCAGGCUACUAGCUAGAUCUGCCCCUGCCUUUCUGACAUAGGAGCACAUCAACAGCUUUACAGAUACUAAAAAGGUUGCACUUCAUCACAGAUGGAUGACACAACGACGAGUUUGAAUGAACAACAUGAACCCUCUUAUAGGGAAAUGGUGUUGGAUGUUGCGGGACCUGAUUUCAUAACAAGGCGUAUCGACGAGGAGCCAAAUCCAGAAGAUAGUAUUUUUUUGGAUAUGCUUAAGGCUGCUAAUAGAGAGUUGUGGUCUGGUUGUGAAAAAGUAACACAAUUGUCUGUUGUGGCUCGGUUCUUGAAUAUCAAAUCUGAAUAUCGCAUCCCUGAGGAAUGUUUUGAUUCAAUUUGUCAAUUGAUGAAGGAUGGUUUACCAAAGAACAAUACCAUGGUUGAUAGUUUAUAUGAGACAAAAAAAUUAAUACAAGGACUUGGUCUACCUGUGGAAUUGAUUGAUUGUUGUAUGUAUGGAUGCAUGUUAUAUUGGCGAGGAGAUAAAGAUCUUGAUCAAUGCAAAUUCUGUGAAGCGCCAAGGUAUAAAAAGUCAAGAAAUUCUUCUAAGUUUUCACGUGUACCUUUUUCCCGAAUGCAUUAUUUGCCUUUGAUUCCAAGGCUGAAGAGAUUGUAUGCUUCUCAAGCAACAGCCGCUUCCAUGCGAUGGCAUACACAAGAUCAUGGGCACGAUAAUGGAGUUAUGUGUCAUCCAUCUGAUUCUGAUGCUUGGAAGCAAUUUGAUGUCAUCCAUCCAUCAUUUGCAGCCGAAAGUCGUAAUGUUAGGUUGGGACUAUGCACAGAUGGGUUCCAACCCCAUGGCACCUCAGGAGCACAACAUUCAACGUGGCCCAUUAUAAUUACACCUUAUAAUUUGCCACCAUCUAUGUGUAUGAAAGAACCUUACAUGUUUUUUACUGCAAUUGUGCCUGGACCUAAAAUCCCUAUGCAAAGGUUAGAUGUUUUCAUUCAACCUGUUAUAGCAGAAUUAAAAGAGUUAUGGGAAGAAGGCAUUGUAACUUUUGAUGUAUCACUUAGACAAAAUUUUCAAAUGAGAGCCGUUUUAAUGUGGACAAUUAGCUAUUUCCCUGCAUAUGGCAUGCUAUCUGGUUGGGUAACCGCAGGUAAGCUAGCAUGUCCACAUUGUGGAAAAUAUUAACAAGCAUUUACGCUGCCAAACGGUAAAAAGAUUUCUUGGUUUGAUUGUCAUAGAAGAUUUCUCGAAUCUGAUCACCCAUUCAGAUUGAAUAAGACUAAGUUCACCAAGAACCGUACUGAACAAAGGGGUCCUCCUCCAAUUAUGAAAGGUGUAUAAAUUUUAAGGGAAAUUGAAGAUUUUGGCUUGUUAAAAGUGACAGAAGUUAAUGCCAAGUUAGUAAAUAAAGCAUGUAGCAAAAAAGUUGGAUGUAGAUGGAAAAAAAGAAGCAUAUUCUAGGAUUUGCCAUAUUGGAAAACAAAUUUAAUAAGACAUAAUUUUGAUGUUAUGCACAUUGAGAAGAAUUUUUUUGAAAAUUUGUUUUACACAAUAAUGGAUGUUAAGGACAAGACAAAGGACAAUACAAAAGCAAGAGCUAAUUUGAAAGUCUUCUGUAAUAGAAAAGGUUUUGGUAAAAAUCAAGUUACAGGUCAGUACACAAAAGCACCAUAUGCAUUAAGCAAGGAUGAAAAAAAAGUCAUAUGUAAAUGGGUGGAGAAUUUGACUUUCCUAGAUGGUUAUGUGUCGAAUCUAGGGAGAUGUGUAGACUUGAGCUCACAUAGACUGUUUGGAAUGAAGAGUCACGAUUGCCAUGUUUUUUUGCAAAGAUUGUUGCCAAUUGCAUUCCGCGAGAUGUUGCCAACCAAGCAAUUACUGAGAUACGUCUUUUCUUUAGAAGCUUAACCGCAACAGUAGUUACUGUUGAAGACAUGAAAAGGCUUGAAGCUGAAAUUCCUGUAAUUCUUUGUAAAUUGGAGGAGAUAUUUGUCCCUGGCUUUUUUGACUCGAUGGAACAUUUACCGAUACAUUUGCCAUAUGAAGCAAAGAUAGGAGGUCCUGUUCAAUAUCGUUGGACGUAUCCAUUUGAAAGAUUGCUCCAUCAAUUGAAAAGGAUGUUAAAAACAAAGCUAGAGUGGAAGAGUCAAUUUGCAAUGCAUUUUUGGUUCGUGAAGCCUCAAACUUUUGCUCUCACUAUUUCGAGCCCAAUGUUUAUACACGUAACCGAAAGAUGCCUCGUAAUGAUGAUGGAGGAGCUGAAGAUGUUGAUGAAGAAAAGUUGAGUGUAUUUUUACAUCAUGGCCGCCCAUAUGGAAAACUCAAGAGUAGAAGGUUAAGUGAUAAGGAGUUUAAUGCAUUACAUUUUUACAUACUAUUUAAUGAAGAAAAGCUGCAACCGUAUGUCAAAAAAUAUGAAAGGUUGUUGAAAGAACUAUAUCCUGAUAUAAGCGAACAUGAUCUCAUGGAAGAAGUAGAUACAAACUUUGCUUCAUGGUUUGUGAAUUAUGCACGUCAAAAUCAAAUAAAUAACAAGUAUAUACAUGAUCUUUCAAGAAGGCCAUUAAGGACGGUGAAAUUAUAUAACGUCUACUUUGUUAAUGGUUAUAAGUUUCAUACAGAAUCACAUGGUGCUAUCAAAGUGACAAUGAAUAGUGGAGUGUGUAUAAGUAGCGACUCUUGUGAUUACUAUGGCAGGUUGUUGGAAAUACUAGAAGUUGAAUAUCCUGGUUUGCCAAUUAAAAACACAGUCUUGUUCAACUGUGAAUGGUACGAUCCAACUCCUAAUGUUGUGGUCAAGGUCCAUAACCAAUAUAAGUUGGUUGACAUAAACAAACAAAGAAAGUUUAGGAAGUUCGAACCAUUUGUUUUAGCUAUGCAAGCUACACAAGUUUGUUACAUUCCAUACCCUAGCAUGAAGCAAAACAUGUCUGACUAGUUAGCUGUAUGUAAAGUUAAACCACGUGGAUGGAUUGAUGUACAAAAUACUGAUAAUAAAAAAAAUGAUGAUGCUUUUCAAGAUGAUGAAGCCGAAACAAAUGAAAUCAUUAGCUCUAUGGAAGAAGCAUCCACAAGUUCACGUCAUGAAACCAUCGACUAUGGUAACAUCUCAAGCAAUGCUUCUGGUGAUGGUGAUGAUGAUGAUGACAAUGAGGGCGAGUUUGAGUAUAGUUCAUCAACAAAAGAAGAAGAAGAUGGAAAAGAUGAUAUGUAUGACGAUGAUAGUGAUUAAGACUUUGUUAAUGAUUUGUUUGAAACUUUAGAGAUUUGUUUUUUGGUUUUAGUUGCUUUAGAAAUUGGAACGAUUAUAGAGCCAUCAUAUUUUUUUUUUCAAAAUAGGUAUUUUGAAAAGUGGUAUUGAU